AUGAGCACCUACAACCCUCCCACACUCGAGAAGCUGGCACUGGAUGCUCUGCUGAGGAAAGAUGCCAUAAACUCCUCCAAUCUGGAUCACCUGCCCACUGUGCUUUUCCCACCACUCUUCCUGGAGGCCUUCAAUGGCAGACACACAGAGAUAUUGAAGGCAAUGGUGGCAGCCUGGGCCUUUCCCUACCUCCCUGUGGGGGCAUUGAUGAAAACCCCUGAUGUGGAGGUCUUUCAAGCUGUGCUGGAUGGCAUAGAUAUACUGCUGACACAGAAUGUUAGUCCCAGAAUCAGGAAACUUCAAGUCUUGGACUUGAGAGAUGUGCACCAGGAGUUUUGGGAUGUAUGUGCUGGAAGAAAGGAUGAAGUCUGCUCAGCAAAGACUGGGAAUGAGAAGCACGUUGCAAAGCACAUUCCUAGAUAUGCACUGAGGCAACGUUUGAAGGUGGUCACUGACCUGAGCCUUGGCUUCCGUCUGCAACAUCAAAUAUACUUACUAAAAUGGGCCCAGCAGAGAAAACAAUCUUUGAGGCUAUGCUGUCUGAAGAUGAAGAUUUGUCACUUCUCAGUGGAGAGUAUCAGGGAGAUCUUGAACAUUUUUCAGCCAAACUAUAUUGAGGAAUUGGAAAUAUACACAAAGCAGGUCCUAUCCUUUCUAGGUUGCUUUGCACCUUGCUUUGGCCAGAUGAGAAAUCUUCGCAAAUUCCAUCUAAGGGAAAUAAGAUCGAGGAACUCAGUAGGUGGUGUGUUCCGUUUUGCAGAUGUAAAAAACUGUGCUGCCAAAUUCCUUUCUCAGUUCUCCAAACUCAACUAUCUCCAACACUUCUGCAUGAAUGGUGACUUCUUUUCCAGUGACAACAUGAAAGAGUUGUUCAGAUGCCUGAAGAGCCCCUUGGAGUCCUUGUCUAUGACUGUCUGCCAACUCUCAAAGUCAGACUUGAAACAAAUGUCAGAGUGUCAGAGGCUCCAUCAACUUAAACACCUGCACUUCGAUGGUGUAGUGUUUCCCAAGUCAUGUCCCAAGAGUCUCCGAAUACUCCUAGAGAAUGUAUCUGAUACUCUGCAGACCCUGCAGUUAGAGAACUGCAGGAUGAACGACUCUCAGCUCAAUGUCCUUUUGCCAGCUCUGGGCCAGUGCUCACAGCUCACCUCAGUCAAUUUCUAUGAGAAUGACUUCUCCACUGCUGUAAUGGAGGACCUUCUGCAAUGCAUGGCCAACCAAAGCAAGUUGAUUGUUGAGCACUACCCUGCCCCACUAGAGUGCUAUGAUCACGAGGGUUAUCUUAUACUGCACAGAUUUUCCCAACUGUGUCGAAAUCUCAUGGAUACACUCAUGGCCAGAAGGCAGCACAAGACAAUCACAUUUGCUACAAAAACCUGCCGUUAUUGUAGGAGUCGCUGCAUCUAUGAUAAGGAGACCAGACUUUGCCGCUGCUGGCAGUAA